AUGAAUUCAAAUAAUAUUGAAAGGAUAUUAGGUGUCGUUCCAACAAACCUCUCCAAUAUUGAAAGUUAUGCAGCGAACAGAUAUGAGGAGGCGUACCAGACUUUCAACAAAAAACUUGUUUGCUCUGACUUGAGAAAUGCAAGAUAUGAAACGGAUUGUCAUUGUGAUGAUGACAAAUAUGUUCAAACAAAAAUACGUUUCAACAAGGAGAAACUUCCUUACAUAUUUGAUAGCAACGUAAGUUUGAAGAAGAACGUCAAGAAAAUCAAUCAUUCUCGUUUCGAACGCGCUCCAUCCGAAACACAAUUUCUACAAAAAGUUCUCUAUGCAAGUGAACAACCGCCUGACUUCAAAUUAACAAACAACAAUGUCAUCGAAAGCUUGUCGCGUCCUUAUUUCAGCAGCGUCGGCCGUAAUUGUAGAACCAGCAACAGCAGCAUCAACAAUGAUACUUCGAAGUGGUCUUCUUGCGAAUCAACUAUUGCCACGUACAAAAACAACAUCAAAACUGGUUACAACAGUGUAGAGGGAAACAGCAUCGCUACAACGACCAAGAAAAAACACAACCAACCUGGCGAGUGCAUGUUCAACAGCACGUUCAUUUCACCGCGUGUCGACCUCGAUCUGGCACAGGCACUGUGGGAGGUGUCAUCUAUCGAAUCAGAUGAAACUGAAUGUCACUAUGAAGAUGGACAUGAAGUAGAAUUUGUGACAAACGAACAGAAUGGUAGUGAUGAAAGAAUGUUCAUUUUAGAACAGUUUAGUUUAUCGCUCUGUCAACAACAACCUCGACAUCAGCAACAACAUUUUCAAAAUCAUCAACGAUACCAGCAACAUAAUGAACAACAUCAUCAACAGUUUUUCAACUCUUCUCUACAUUUUUUUCAGCAGCAACAACUACAAAAUUACUCAAGUGAUGACUAUCGCCAGGUUAGCCAGAUUGAUCCAGAAAUCCAACUGUACAGAACUAUGUCCAGAAAACCCUGUUUCGAUACGGUCAAUGACAGCAGGAGCAGGGAAGAAAUUAAAACAAAAAAUAAUUAUUUAGACAACGAUUUGAACAUCAACAAAAAUCAAAAUUUAUAUCGAGUCAGAUCAAAGACUUCUGAAAACAGCCCGAAACUAACGAAGAAAAACAUUUUGUUGAUCGAAGACAGUGAGAAUCCCAUCCAUAAAAUCAGUAACGCUUACAAAAUCGUGGAUAACACACCAAGUUUGAAUUGUCUCAAGAGUAAUAAAAACACUAAUAACAAUAACUUCAACAAUGUCAACAACAGCAAAAUUAUAAACCACAUCAGCAACAAAGUUGACAACACCAAGGACACAUCCAUCCAUACCAACAUUGCAAGUAACCAGCUGAAUGUACGCACAAAAAAGGUGUCAAAGAAAAUUCAAUUUAUCUGCAAAUUUUUCCAAAUUGGAUGA